AUGCGACUAAACGAGUUAUAUUCCUGGGGUUUUGAAAAUCUUACAGAAGAUGAGUUGCUAGAAUUGUACGAUCUAGAAGACGAAGAGUAUAUGGAUAUGAUUAUGCAACCUUCAAUGGAAUAUUAUCAACGUUACUUUUCUAAGCGACCAAUGGCGUUGGAGCGGGGAUUGGGUUGGAGAAACCUUGAAAAUCAGAUUCGUAAUAAUCCAGCACAUUGCAUGACUAUGCUAAGGAUGCAUCCAAAAGCAUUUCAGAACCUAUGCACAAUACUGGAGCAACGUUACAACUUAAAGAGUACUGAUCAUAUUAGUAUUGAUGAGAUGGUGGCAAUAUUUCUCGUUACAUGCGCCCAAAAUGAUACACAACGCUAUGUUGGGUUGUCAUUUGGUCGUUCCCAAGAGACUAUAUAUCGAAAGUUUCACGAGGUAUUGAACGCAUUGGAGAGUCUUGCAUGUGAGUAUUUAAAAACUCCAACAACAGCGUCACUCCAGCAUUAUCCACGUAAGUUACAAAAUAAUCCCAAUUAUUGGCCUUUUUUUAGUGGAUUUGUUGGGGCACUUGAUGGGACGCAUGUCAGAGUAAAAGUUGGAGGUCGCGAUUCAGUUGGGUAUUGGGAUAGACAUGGACAAACAAGUCUAAACAUAAUGGGCAUAUGUGAUAUAAACAUGCUCUUCAAGUAUGCAUGGCUAGGCGCAUCUGGGUCUACACACGAUUCAUUGGUGUUACAAUAUGCAAUAGAUGGAGACCCAAUAUUCCCUAAACCUCCAAUAGGCAAGUACUAUCUUGUUGAUUCUGGAUAUGCAAACAAGCGAGGAUUUUUGGCGCCGUAUAGAGGAAAUAGUAGAGAAACUAUCAGAUACCAUCUUUCAGAAUUUAAUGAAGGUCCUCCCAGGAACAAAAAAGAAUUGUUCAAUAGGUGGCACACGUCACUUCGUUCUGUAAUCGAACGUACAUUUGGAGUUUGA